GUACAGGCAGGUCCGAGACAGUCAUGCCAUACCACAAUCUCAAGGCGCUGAUCAAGGGAAUACGAGCAUGCAAGACCGUAGCAGACGAACGGGCACUCAUCCAGCAGGAAUCUGCUGCCAUUCGCGCUUCAUUCAGAGAAGAAGACACUUACAUGAGGUACCAUAACAUUGCCAAGCUGCUCUACAUCCACAUGCUCGGUUCCCCCGCGCACUUUGGUCAGAUUGAAUGCUUGAAGCUGGUUGCUAGUCCUCGAUUCACCGAUAAACGGCUUGGAUAUCUCGGCAUCAUGCUGCUCUUGGAUGAAAACCAGGAGGUUCUUACUCUUGUUACGAACUCUCUCAAAAAUGACAUGAAUCAUUCCAACAUGUACGUCGUCGGCCUUGGACUGUGCACGUUCGCGAACAUCGCGUCAGAAGAGAUGUCACGAGAUCUGGCCAAUGAGAUUGAGAAGCUUCUUGGUUCAAGUAACACCUACAUACGAAAGAAGGCAGCGCUUUGCGCCCUUCGAGUCAUUAAAAGGGUCCCAGACUUGACCGACCAUUUUGUGUCCAAGGCAAAGAACCUUCUUACAGAUCGCAAUCAUGGUGUCCUACUCUCGGCAAUAACACUCGUGACUGAAAUGUGUCAGUUGGACCAAGAGUGUCUAAAUGAAUUCCGUAAUGCUGUUCCAUUACUCGUCCGUAACCUCAAGGCGCUUGUCACGACAGGUUACAGCCCAGAACACGAUGUUUCUGGCAUCACCGACCCUUUCCUCCAAGUCAAGGUCCUACGACUGCUUCGACUUCUCGGCAGGGGCGAUGUUGAGGCCAGUGAGACCAUGAAUGAUAUUCUAGCUCAGGUUGCGACAAACACCGAUGGCUCCAAGAAUGUUGGAAAUUCCAUUCUCUACGAGACGGUUCUCACCGUCCUGGACAUUGAGGCGGACACUGGUCUUCGCGUGAUGGCCAUCAACAUUUUGGGCAAAUUCUUGAGCAAUCGAGAUAACAAUAUUCGAUACGUUGCAUUGAACACUCUGAACAAAGUGGUGUCAAUGGAUACGAACGCUGUUCAACGGCACCGCAACAUCAUCCUCGAUUGUUUGCGCGACGGCGACAUUUCGAUCCGAAGGAGGGCACUUGAGCUGUCGUAUGCUCUGAUUAACGAACAGAAUGUCCGCCUCUUAAUUCGAGAACUCUUGGCGUUCCUUGAAGUGGCUGAUGACGAGUUUAAACUGGGCAUGACGACUCAAAUUUCUCUCGCUGCGGAGCGAUUUGCACCUAACAAGCGAUGGCACAUUGAUACCGUCCUUCGUGUGCUUAAGCUUGCAGGAAACUUCGUCCGAGAGGAGAUUCUGUCUGCAUUCAUCCGGCUAGUUGCUCAUACGCCAGAACUACAAGCGUACACCGCCUCGAAACUCUACACCGCCCUGCAACAGGACAUCUCGCAGGAGUCGCUGACUCUGGCUGCUGUCUGGGUAAUAGGCGAGUACAGUGAGAUAUUGCUUGAAGGCGGCAUAGUGGACGAAGAUUCGGCGAGAACGGCCAGUGACAAAGAAAUCUUGGACCUACUCCUCUCAACACUAGACUCGCCUUAUGCCAAUUUCCUUAUUCGACAGUUCGUUCUUGCCGCUAUCACAAAGAUGUCUUCACGUUCGACGACCAGCGCUGAGCAGCAAGCACGGAUCUCCGAGGUUCUCGGCAAGUAUGUGGCUAGCCCCGAGCUGGAGCUCCAACAGCGUGCUGUUGAGUUCGCAAGCCUAUUCAACCUGGGCGAACUGCGGAGCGGUGUCCUUGAGCGAAUGCCACCGCCAGAACUGAAGGCUACUGUAGUUGGAGUUGUUAGUGAGAACAGACCUGUUGGGUCGACUAGAAACGAUGGUGACCUUCUUGGCGAUGACAUCUCGCAACCCGUGGCUCAACCAGCGGUCAAUGGACAAGGUACUCAGAACAGCCAAGACCUUCUUGCCGAAAUCUUUGGGAGCUCCGCGCCGUCGACCUCUUCACCUACCUCCGCUGUCCCAUCACAGCCACAAAAGGCGAGCGUUAACGACAUCCUCGGCCUCUUCGAUCAGGGCUCGUCUCCUUCCCCAAGCGUCACCUCGCCAACCUCUGCUCCCUCGAAUGAUAUCUCGUCGCUCUUCGGUGGCGCCCCUUCCCAGCCUGCACCACAGCCACCAAGAACUCAGUCGCAGCAACAGCUGCCAGCAUCGCAACAGACUACGUACACCGCGUACGAUAAGGAUGAGCUCAAGAUCACGCUGACGCCCCAGACCUCCGCCCAACGGCCCGGCGUCGUGAACAUUAUGGCGCGAUUCCAGGUUUUAGGCUCGGACGUAGCAACGGGAGUGAACUUCCAGGUCGCAGUUCCACAGCGACAUCAGCUGCAGAUGCUACCUAUGUCGAAUGCUGACGUUAGCCCCGGUGCAACUGAGGAGCAGCGGAUGCGGAUCAUCGUGCCACCAGGGGCAAACAUCCGACUACGUAUCCGGGUGUCGUAUAACCUUGCUGAACGGGCGGUGCAGAACCAGGUCGACUUCAGCGGGUUUCCACCAGGGCUAACGGGCAUCGCGAGUUAGUCAGGAGACGGUUUACGCGAUUUAUGAGCCUCUUUGUGAUAUUAGAUUACUUAUAACAUGAGGAUGAUACGGUUUAACCGCCUCCACGUCUCUUGACACUCAGCCAGCAGUCUGCUAGCGCGGGAUUCUGCGAGACGCAUCGUCUAAAAGACUCUUUAGCCCAGUCAACGCGGACGUGGCAACACUUUCCCCCACUGCUUUUACGGCAAUAGCGGCGCGUCCGAGACCUUGAUAGCCCGACGCCACAAAUUCGAGACCUGAAGCACCCAGGUUAUUUGCACUGCCAGCACCAGCGCCCAUCAUCAACGCAGCCUUCACGGUGUCGAGCUCGUUGAUGACUUCAAGGCCUACGGAUCGCAACCAAACGAUGGGCUCGGCAGUGGUCGUGUAGAGCUUUUGCAGCUUAUCGACGGCGGACAUGAUCUUGUGAUUCUCGAAGUAGCGCUCGCGCGCGUACGGCAGCAAAGCCGUGUAUGAGCCAAUAUCACCGCCGCGCACGAGUUGCUCAGUAAUACACUUUGACAAUGCCUCUGCAUCUCCCAGUCCGAGAUUGAGUCCUUGUCCCGCGAGCGGAUGCACGCUAUGCGCAGCAUCGCCUACGAGGACCGUACGCCUCCCCUUCCCCUCGCCAACAUAGUAUUCUGCGUGGUUGUACCUGAGCGGGAACGACGCGAUUGUGCCCGGCUGGAUUGCCGUUACGAGCGGUGGGACCAUGUCCGCGUCGUCAGGCGGUAUCCCACCUGUCGGCUUCGCGGUGGCCGACGCAUACGCCGAAUAGCUCGGUAUUGAGUGCGACCGCUCCCGCCAUGCGAUUUCCUCCACAAGCUUCUCGGGUGAGAGCGGUGCCCCUGGGUCGGCCGCAGCGGCGAUGACCUGGUCGUACAGGUCACGCAUGGAGGCUUCGGGGAGACGGAAGGCAGCGUUGGUCAUGCGCAGGAGAAUAUCUGGGGAAGUCUUGGUGAGUGCUGCAGCAAUAUGUGGCUUCGUUGACCAGACAAGGGAAGAUGUGGUCGGCGACAUGGGUAGGAAGGCAAUUGGGCCAGUGGGUAGGAAGCGUUGGAAGGCACAGAACGGAGUGGUGUCCGCAGGUCCUCGCGGGGCAUGUUCAAGGGUUGCCACUAUGGCUUGCGUCUCAUACGACCAGCCAUAUGAAGGAAUCUGCGCGUAAGAACGUACGGGGGAGUUAAAACCGUCUGCGCCAACAAGAAGGCGGGCUUGCAACACUCUGCCGUCUGAUAGAUGCACGAGAGGCCAGCCGUAUUCGUUACUUUCGAUAGACUCCACCUUGACGCGAUCCAGAACGGAGACAUUUGGAACAGAGGCGAGGUGUCUCAAUAAGGCACGCUGUAGGUUGAGAUUUUCCGUCAUACGGGCCAUUUGACUACACUCAGGAGGCAUGUCUAGAGGGAGGUCUCGGGCAUCGAAGUGAAUUCGCGCAUUCGAGACGCCGUCCCAUACUUGCAUCUGGUGGACAGGAACUGUUCGAGCAUGUUCGACGUACUGCCAUGCCCCAGUACGGGUCAAGAAGGCUUGAGAACUGUUGGUUAUUGAGCUAACACGGUUGGAGAAGCUCCUCUCUGCCGGGCUCCACUCCCUGACUUUUGAAAGGUCGCCAGCUUCAAUCAACGCCAGCUUCAGACCGUCACGAAAGAUGGGUUGUGAGCCUAAUGCACUGGCAAGAGCGAGUCCGACCGGUCCUCCGCCAACGAUGACCACAUCAUGCUCCUCGGGUGAGGCCUCGGAGCUGAGCUUCCUAAUAGCAGCAUAAGCUUGACGCGUUGCUCGACUACGCGAUACGCUGAGAGCUGAGCCACACGCCCGCGUCGAGGAGCAGAGGGAUGCCA